AUGGCAGACCACAACCCAGACAAGGGGAUUGCAUCAUCUAACUCCAGGGGGCCACCUGCUCCAACCCCCAGGCCCAACGAGGACCUCUAUUAUAAUCAUGAGAGGUGCAUACCCAUUGUGGAAUUUGAGAAUCGCCAACUGCGCCAACAAUUGGUCGAAACCACAUGGAAUAAUGAAGAAUUGGUUAGGCAGGCCGCCGAGGUCCAAGCGCCACCCCGGAGGCCCAGAGGGCAUCCCCGCGGGAGUACGACCGCCAGGAGGGCCAAACAAGGGGCCCAACAGACCCAGCCAAGGUCCAGCGCAAACACUGGAAAAAAUUGCCCUGGGAUGAAUACUCAAACUAAUACUGUUGGUAAUCCGAUGGUGAGUGUAACUGCAGGAACAGGGGAUAAUCGAGCUCCUCCAGUAGCUCGGAGUAGUAACCCUAAACCUGUCAGAAAUAACCCAGAACCAAUUCAGGUUAAUUCUGGACCUUCCAAGCCCAAUAAUGGAAGGCCCCCACCAUCGCCUAUAAGGCAUCCACCGUCUCCCAUAAGGCACCCAUCUCCGGUCAGAGAAGCACCCCAGCUGGCUCCUAAUAGGAACCAGACGGGGGAGCGUGCACCACAAAGGCCUUCUCGGAGUGGCAGCCAAGACAGGAACUGUCGAGCUCGACCCGGACACAGGGGCAAACGUGAGGCAACCCGAGGACAUAGGCUAUCCCAACCAGCAGGAAGUCACAUGUCAAGAUCAUAG